UUUGUAUCUGUCAACGACUGUUCAUUUUUCGCGUGAGGGGGCGCCGGCCUACCGACGACACCGACGUGACCGAGAUGGCCGAGCUAGCGCAAGUCGAUAGCGAAUGGGUAUUCGACUUCGUGAUGAAUCUGUUCCAGUCGCCCGCGUGGGAAGUCCCGAUCAUGAGCUUCAUCGACGAAAACUGCGCCAGCUUUGACACGGACGACGAAAACAAGUUCAUCUACUCGGACCUGCACGGUCAGUUCCGCGACACAGUGGACGGUGUGCUCACGGCCAACUUGGCCGAGAUCGGGAUCACUCCGUCCGACUUUGCCGACAUUUGCGCUCGGUGCCGCCACUCGACCGAAAUCAGCAUGGCUGUUAUCAACCAGAUCCUCGCGAUCGACGACUUUCUCACGUUCAAGAAACUCAUGGUGAAGCGGAACCUGGAACUCGAGCUCGAAGUGAUCACGGCAGUGCGAGACGAGCGUCAGAAUGCGGCGGCCAAGUCUGCCUUGGAGGCUGAGGCGAAACUAGCUGAGGAGGAAGCCAAGGCUGCCGAGGACGCCGCCCGUCAAGAGUUCGUGGCGGAAGAGGACUUUUCGUUCGUCGAGGACUACUGGAUGGAGAUGGAUAUCCUGUACAAACAAGAAGAAAUGGAGCAAGCAGAGCUCGAGGCCGCCAUUGCACUGUCCAUUGCCGUCGAAGAAGAGCGAGUCCGCCUCGCGUCCGUCCAGCUCAAGGCGGCAGAAGACAAGGCGGGCCAUGGCAAGACAGGUCUUGUGGACCUCGAAGCGGCCGAGCAGGCCGUGCGCCGCGGCAAGGCGCAGGCCGAAGAAGUCGUCAAGCGCCACAAGGAAGUCCUCGAAAACAAAAAGGAAAAACACAAGGAAUUCCAGGAACAAGCCGAGAUCUCAGACUUUGAAAUCCGCAAGCGCGCGGCGUAUCUAAAGGCGCAGCGCGACCGCAUUCUGGAAAAGAAAAAGAAGGAGCGCGAUUCCAAGCUCGAGUCGUACCAAAAGGAGCUCAAGGCGUCGGCACCCGAACCGCCGCCAAACAUCCUCGAGCGCAUGCAGGAAGGCCCGGCGCCACAAGAAGCCAAGGAAUCCGAAGCGGAGGAGCGGCGCAAGGCGCUGCGGAUCGCGCUAGCCCGCCGCAUGAAGCAGGAAUUGAUCGAAGCGGCGGACGAUAAGCUCAACCAAGCCACGCAACCCCUCACGGACCUCGAUGAAAAGAUGAAGCGCGUCGAGGAGUUGCGCCGCAUCAACCAGCAAAAAGAAGAUGCGACCAUGAAGGAGCUCGAGAAGCUCCACAUGAAAAAGCUAAAGCAGUCGGCGGCGUAAAACCUCAUGCGCUUGUCGAGCCGUGGCCCACCACGCGUUGUCCAUCCAGCGACGGUAGUUGGGCCCAUAAAGAUGCAAUCUCAACCAUCCGUUCCAACGUC